AGCACAUGUACCCACACAUUCACAUAGCCAUACCUCCAUAGCCAGCCAUCAAUGGUGUCAUUUUGCUGAGCAUUCAUAGCGUAAAUCACAAUCACUUUUGUGUUUUCAAAAACCACUUUUGAGCCAAACUUGAGUUUACAGGUACCUAAUAUUUGUUGUGUGACCACUAACUCAUCCCGAUCUAUAUAUUACAGUAGACAUGGAGGGCGAUGGAGACGAUGAGUAUCACGGGGGUGGUGGGUCCGGUGCCUCGGCUACCUAUCCCGUGCAGUGCUCGGCGUUACGCAAGAAUGGCUUCGUUAUGAUUAAGGCCCGGCCCUGUAAGGUGGUCGAGAUGUCAACGUCCAAGACCGGCAAGCAUGGACACGCCAAGGUUCACUUGGUGGGCAUCGACAUAUUCACCAAUAAGAAGUACGAGGAUCUGUGUCCGUCGACCCAUAACAUAGACGUGCCUAACGUGAGCCGCAUUGAGUACCAGCUCAUUGACAUCCAGUCGGACGGGUAUAUCAGUCUCAUGAACGACAAGGGGGACACCCGUCAGGACUUGAAGCUCCCGGAGGGCGAGUUGGGCGACAAGAUUCAGGAGGAGUUUGACAACCAGGAUGAGAACUCUAUUUUUGUAACUGUCAUGUCAGCGGUGGGCGAGGAGGCUGUAAUCACUACCGGUGCCAAUGAGCUCAGGGAUGAGCUGAUACGGAAAGGGGAGGAACUGGAUCAAAAACUAACCACCAUUAUAGCUACUCUAAAACGAUUGGACCAUGUUAAAAAUCUCCCAUUAAUACAACACUGGGCUAAGCUUAUGAACGACAUGGACGGCCUACUAUACCUACUUAAACAGGAACACCUACCGGACAAGGAUGUCACACAAAUAUGUAUUAAACUACAGGGUGUCAUUGCUCAGAUUGAGCAUGAUAUGCAACUAUACCCUGUACCUACUGAAAAGCCUACCUUACCUACUAUACACACCAAAGCUACUGAUCCUACUGUUAAGCCUACUACUGAUACCCCAGUGCCUACUGAAUCACCCACUGGCCCAACAUUACCCUCUACCUUACCGCCCACUAUAUCUACCCUGAGCACAGUUACCCAGGGCACUCAUGGGACAACAGGUCAGCCUAUUAUACCAUGUGAUGAGAUACAGAGUAUGAUGGAUAAGGCCAGGGAUCUAAAACCACAAGCCGAUGCCGCUGUGACCAAGUUGAAUGACCAUGGUAGAUAUACCGAGGCUAAUAAGCUGAUGAAAACCUCACAACGUUUGCAACAAAUAGCUAAAAGUGUGGACACCUAUUGGAAAGACAUUACGGAUAUUACCGCUACCGGUGCCAAUGAGCUCAGGGAUGAGCUGAUACGGAAAGGGGAGGAACUGGAUCAAACACUAACCACCAUCAUAGCUACACUAAAACGAUUGGACCCUGUUAAAAAUCAACCAUUAAUACAACACUGGGCUAAGCUUAUGAACGACAUGGACGGCCUACUAUACCUACUUAAACAGGAACACUUACCGGACAAGGAUGUCACACAACUCUGUACUAGACUACAAAGUGUCAUUGAUCAGAUUGAGCAUGAUAUGCAGCUAUACCCUGUGCCAACUGAUAAACCUACCGAACCAACUAUACCUACAGUGUCUACCGAUCCUACUGUUAAGCCUACCACUGAUACCCCAGUGCCCACUGAACCAUCCACUGGCCCAACAUCACCCCCUACCCUACCGCCCACUGUAACAUUAUUUAGUACAGUUACCCAGGUAACCCAGGCAACAACAACUAGUCAGCCCAUUAUGACUUGUGAUGAGAUUAAUAGUAUGAUGGAUAAGGCAAAGGAGCUUGUUGCUAAUUACUAUAAAUGUUAA